AUGAAAACCCACGCGUGUCAGUGGCCUAAUUGCCAGAAAACAUUCACUCGGGCGGAACAUCUGCGUCGCCAUGCCUUGAAUCACGAACAGGCGAGGAAUGGCUACACCUGCGAGCGAUGCUCCGUGCACUUCAAUCGUCCAGAUCUUCUAUCUCGACACAUGCUCCGCCAUGCAAAACGCGACGAAGAAGCCGGCGGUCCUGGUCUCGGCGUGCUCGAAACUCGUAAACGAACUCGCCGGGCCGGUGAUGGAUCGAUCGUGACGAGGCCGGCGAAGCGGCAGGCUCGACGGCCAUCGCACGCGACGGCUUCGUUGUCCGAUGACACCGACCAUCCGCCACAUGGAGCGCCCGUGUCGCCUCCUGGGUCGGCCAGCGACCAUCCGUCGUUGUCUCUCGACGAGACAGAUCCCCUGCUGGCACCGAUGAUGGCGGGAGGUCCGUUCGAGCCGUUUGUCGAGCCUAUACCGGGACAGUUUGACGCGGCGGAUGGAUCGUGGAGUUUAGGGCUGGAGCCGCAGGGGCUGGCAGAUGGGUUUGGGUUGGAUACAGCAACCGAUUUUAAUAUGCCCUUCGCCGCCACACACAAUUACAACUGGCUGUUCGACGUUGCCUCGCUGGACGACGCCUUCCACCAACUCGACGUCCCUCUGGGUCCUGACAUGAUGACCUUCGCGGACGCGCUGGACACACCCCCAGCUAGCCUGGACCUCCCAGAUGCUGACCAAUUGCUCGACCAAGACGGAUCGUCCGUCCUCUUGCAGGCAGCAUCCUUCGUCGAGCGCAAUCGCGACAUCAACCUGACACUCAGUCCACUGGACAUGGACUGGAUGGGUCCCAACAUGCUCGACCCGAGUCCAGCGCCGCAUCUUCCUCGUCUGACGGAGGAGGUCAGACAGGGAAUAUUGUCGCUAGUAACUCACGACCCUGUCGUACUUGCACAAGUCGACACACUGCUCAGUCUGGCCUCCCUACAAAACUACAGCGAUCUCUUCUUUACCCGCUUCAACACCGUCUACCCACUCGUUCACCAACCCACCUUCGACCCAACCACCCUCCAGCCUGUCUUCAUGGCCUCGAUCCUCUGUAUGGGUGCGACUUACAGCACACGCGAGGCUCAUCAACUAGCCGUCAGCCUACACGGCAACCUGCGCACGCAGCUCUUCUGCAACGAGGCAUUCUCGCCCUCGCCCGACCUCUGGGUCCUCCAAACCAUGCUGCUGAUAGACUGUUUCGGCAAAAUGCGCGCGGGGCCUAAGCAACGUGAAACAGCCCAGCUAUUCCACUGCGUAUUGAUCAAACUGAUCCGUCGCAGCGGAUGCUGCACAGUCCGCGCCAACUCACCAGAUCUCUCCGCGUCGGGGAUCGAGCAAGAAACCGGCGACUUGAACGAGACCUGGCGAAAGGCCAUGGAGGCCGAGCAGCGGAAACGUCUCGCAAUGCAGUGUUUCAUGUGGGACACACAGCACGCGGUCCUCUUCUCGCAGUCGUUGUGCAUGUCGGCGUUCGAGAUCCGCAGCGCCCUUCCAUGCAGCAGCGCGGUGUGGGAAGCGUCUACUGCUGAAGAAUGGAUGCGAAGUGCCUCACGAGAGCCAGAAUCACAUUCCUUCCUCUCCGUUCUGAAGGGGUACAUUACACCAGGAUCAGUGACACGACCUCGCGACCUGAACCCCCUAGCGAGGUUACUCGUUCUACACGGGCUCAUGUCCGUAUCCGCCGACCUCAAACGUCGCGAUCAAACCACCAUCCGUGACAGUCCGGAGCGAGUCGGGGUCUGGACACGUCGAAUGGGUCGAUCCUAUGAUCUUUGGAAGAUCGACUUCGACGCGGACUGUCUAUCCAGCAAGCUGUGUCUUUCACAAUCCCCUACUCAACCAUCCACCUUCACAGACCCAGACAUCGGCCGUCUGACAUCCCUGAAAUCCUCCGCCCACGCCCUCUAUCGCGCCGCGCACAUCGCGCUGAACGUCGAAAUCCUCGAUCUCCAGAUCGCUGCCGGCACAACCCAGAUCCUCAGCCGCGGAGUUACGGACUCCGACCGUGCCAGAUCCCUCCACAUCCUGCCUCGAUGGCUACAAACAGACUCCUCGAUCACCGCGGCGCGACACGCAGCACAUUUACUGCAAGACGCGAUCCUCACCCUACAGGACUGGGAACAGACCGACGCAUUCCAUUUCCCGUGGUGUUUAUACCUAGCGACGUUGACGUGCUGGGCGUUCCAUUUCCACGCCCGAGCUGAAGACAGAAGGGGUCCGGGACACCCGGGACAGGGCAGGAUCACAACAGACAUUUCGUCGCUGAUCGUGGCGAUGACGAGCUGUGAGGGCGACGAGUUGGCCAGUCUAGGAGGGAAAUACGAGACGAGGGGACUGGUCAUGGCGAUGGCGCAGCAGUUGGCGGGGGUGCGAUGGGGAGUUGUUCAUGAUGCUAUGAAGGUGUUGGUCAACAUGGGGAGUAGAUAG